UGAGGUCAGCGCCCCCUGGCCAGAUGUCUAAUUAUAACCUACGAAAUGGGAGGUAAAUAAAUAUUUGUGAUUUGUGUAAUUUUUGGAAUAUCAGAGAAAAAGAAAAUGACUGCGAGAAAUCCAACAACGUUAAUGGCAAUUCCUGCUGAGGACACCUUUGAUUUCUUGUUUAAAAUUGUGUUAAUUGGUGAUUGUGGCACUGGGAAAACCUGCAUAGUUCAAAGAUUUAAAAAUGGGACAUUUAUUGAAAGACACGGUAACACAAUAGGUGUAGAUUUUUCAAUGAAAACAGUAAUGGUUGAUGGAAAGAAAGUCAAGUUGCAAAUAUGGGACACUGCAGGUCAAGAAAGAUUCAGAACUAUCACUCAAAGUUACUACAGAUCUGCAAAUGGGGUAAUAAUAGUUUAUGACAUCACGAAACGAUCUUCGUUUUUAUCAGUGGCCAGAUGGGUGGAGGAGGUCAGGAGAUAUUCAGGCAGCUCUGUACUACUCGCCUUAGUGGGUAAUAAAGCUGACAUGGAAAGUUUAAGAGAAGUGGAGUUUGAAGAAGCUGAAGCCAUGUGCCAGUAUAUGCCUGAAGUUUUAUUUGUGUUAGAAGCUAGUGCAAAAGAUAACUCAAAUAUUGAAGAAGCGUUUCUUUGUCUUGCCACUGAAUUAAAGAGACGACAUGACAACGGUAUGUUAGGAAAUGACGAUGAUGAUGACACUGUAAAAUUAGGUGAUAGCAGGGCUGUAACUAAAUGUAGUAGUUGCACACAAAAGAUUUUUUAAUUAAUGUAACAUAACACAUUUGUGCCUUAAAUGAUCGUUUUGUGCUUAUCAUAUUAGAACUUUUAGUUGUUAAUUGGUUUUAAAUGUCUAUUAGGUCUGUGCAAAUAAUACUCAUUUUUAUGGUCAAAUAAUUACAAUGGAUUUUUUGGAUGGUUUACAAAAGUGAUAAUUACGUAUUUUUGCAACGUAGAACAUUUCAAGUUUAAACGUACAUAUUUAUUGUUAGUUAAUUUUAAGGAUUUGUUACUUUUAUUACAAUAAUGAUACAAGAAAUGUCCAAAUAACGUAUGUAACAAAAAUAAAAUGUACUUCUUAAAUUUUUAAA